UAGCAACUGUAAAUCGCUCCUAACAAUCAGCAGCCGCCUAGUAUACUAGGCUACCUAAUAGUCAAAUAAGAACAAACACAGAAAUGCAAAAACAGAAGAAAAAAAAGAAGGAAAGACAAAACAAAUAGGAACUCAUCAUGUUACAAUUUCGUUAGAAACUAGGCUGCUCCAUACAAUUUCGUAAGAUGCUCUAUUUUCUCUUUCACCCAAAAUUAAAACAAGGCUGCAGCUAACUAUACAUUUCUUCACAUCUCUUGUUAAACAAUUAGCUGCGGCCAUGGCUUUCCAUCAUCGAAAGCUAAUCUUUGAAUCUCUUGACUUGAAUUCCACAGGCAAAACUUGUAGCAGCUAUUAUUGCAACCCAAAACAGAAUCCUUCUGAAAUUUGUCCACUUUCAUGUCUAUACAUUUGCUACCCAAAUUGUUCUUUUCCUCUGUUUUCAGAAAUCCAACCACCACUACCACCUAAUUUUUUCACACCAAAAAUUCUUCUUCCUCCGUCUCCACAUAAAACCACUAUUUCCAUCUUCUUGAUCAUUCUCAUUUCGUUUUUAGCCACUUCUUUCUUCGUAUUUUGUUGCUUUAUUGUUUACAGAUUCCGCAACUCAAGAAUUUUGUCACAAAGGCAGCAGCAGGAGGAAGAAGAAGAGGAGUUUAGUGAUAUUGUUGAUGAAGAUUUUCAUGGACCUAUGGUGGAUCAUCCUAUAUGGUAUAUUAGAACAGUGGGUCUUCAGCCAUCAGUUAUUAGCGCUAUCACGAUUUGCAAGUAUAAAAGAGGUGAAGGACUAGUUGAAGGAACAGAUUGUUCUGUUUGCUUGAGUGAAUUUCAAGAAGAUGAAACUCUUAGAAUUUUGCCCAAGUGUAACCAUGCUUUUCAUAUACCUUGUAUUGACACUUGGCUUAGAUCUCACACCAAUUGUCCUAUGUGCCGCGCCGGCAUUGUCAUCGCCACAACCGCGCCAUCACCGUCGUCUGAACAGAACGUAGGGCUGAGACAUGACGAAGAAACUCGUUCAGAGAAUGCGGCAGAAUUAAGGAUUGAGAUUGAAAAUGAAGAUGAUUCAGCGGAUAUAAGUAGUAUGGAUGUUAGUGGAAAUUCCAAGGAAGAUGUGGGGAAUGGUAAUGAAGGAGAGUUAGGUGAAUUCUGUGAAUCAAGAAUACCAGCUUCUUCGGAAUCUUUAUCUACAGCUUUUAUGACACGUAUUGCUUAUACUGAUGCAAAUUCUUCAAGAGAACAAUCCACUGAUCAAAAUUCACUUGAGGUAAAUGACUCAGAGAUGGGUACAUCUGUGUCACAGAGUAGUUUUGAUGGUAAUCAGAGCUCAGCAGAAAAGAGAACUUUUUGUGUGGACAGAGAAAUGGAGAAAGAGCAAAUGAGAUCUCUUUCUUUCAGUACACAGUUAGUGAUCAAAAGAAGCCAGAGUGCAGCUCUUCUAAGAAAAAUGGCAAAUGAGGACCAAACUAAUGCUAAUGGAACGGGUGCUACUGUUACGAGUGUUGCUGCCUCGUCGAGCUGUUCAACUCCUGCUCAUGCUAUGGCAGCAGCAGAAAAACCCGGAAAGUUUUCCGGUAUUGACUUCAAACGUUGGCAAAUGAAGAUGCUCUUCUAUCUUACUACGUUGAGUUUGCAGCGAUUNGGUCGUGGCUGA